CUCACACCAUUGUAGCUCAGCCUUUAGCGUGACAAGCUGCGAGUUGUUUUGGCGGCAAAUUUAUGCUCUCUGGAUGUCUGUCUCGUUCGGCGUUGACAGUUCGUGUUUUCUGCUAACUCGUUUAAGUUCGUAAAAUUAUCCCAUAGUUGAUAGAGCUCGAAUCCUCCGCCAUGGGAAUUAAAGGACUCUCUCAACUGAUUGCCGAUUUGGCCCCAUUUGCUGUGAAGGAAGGAGAAAUCAAGAACUUUUUCGGACGAAAAGUAGCAAUCGAUGCCUCUAUGUGUUUGUACCAGUUUUUGAUUGCGGUGCGAGCCGAAGGAGCUCAGCUGACUUCCGUCGAUGGAGAAACCACAUCUCAUUUGAUGGGAACUUUCUAUCGUACAAUUCGGCUGCUGGAAAAUGGAAUCAAGCCGGUGUAUGUUUUCGAUGGCAAGCCUCCGGAUCUAAAGUCGGGGGAACUGACCAAGCGUGCCGAGAAACGAGAGGAAGCACAGAAGGCAUUGGACAAAGCCACGGAAGCCGGGGUCACCGAGGACAUUGAUAAAUUCAAUCGUCGCUUGGUGAAGGUCACGAAGCAACACUCAAAUGAAGCGAAGGAGCUGCUCAAGCUGAUGGGUGUUCCGUAUGUGGAUGCGCCUUGUGAAGCUGAAGCCCAAUGUGCUGCCCUGGUGAAAGGGGGAAAAGUUUACGCCGCGGCAACGGAAGAUAUGGACGCAUUGACUUUCGGUUCCAACAUUUUGCUUCGUCACUUGACUUUCAGUGAAGCUCGGAAAAUGCCCGUUCAGGAGUUCAACUAUGACAAAAUCCUCCAGGGACUGGAGUUGACCCGUGAUGAAUUCAUUGACCUUUGUAUAUUACUGGGUUGCGAUUAUUGCGACAGCAUCCGUGGAAUCGGUCCAAAGAAAGCGGUCGAACUGAUUAAUAAGCAUCGCACAAUUGAGAAAAUUCUUGAAAACCUCGACACUAAAAAGUAUGUGGUCCCAGAAAACUGGAACUACCAACAAGCUCGGGUUCUGUUCAAGGAACCAGAAGUUGCCAACCCGGAAGAGGUCGAGCUCAAGUGGGGCGAACCGGAUGAGGAAGGCUUGGUGAAGUACCUUUGCGGAGACCGUCAGUUCAACGAAGAUCGCAUCCGAGCUGGCGCCAAGAAGAUCCUGAAAACCAAAUCAACCGCCACCCAAGGGAGACUGGACUCUUUCUUCAAGGCGCUCCCGUCGACACCGAAUCCCAAGAGAAAAAUCGAAGACAAAAAGACACCGGCGUCGAAGAAGGCAAAGACAACCGGAGGCAAACCGGGUCGUAAGCCGAAAUAAAAAGUUAGAUCUGAUGAUUGUUAAGUUAAUGCUACAUUUUAUAUUUUUGUCUUUCUUACAUCAAUAAACUUAUUUCAACGUACGCAGUGGUA